AUGCCCAAGUCAAAGAUGCACACGUUGAGGAAGCUUGUCCAUGUCGGACCCAAGCGCGUCGAAGAACCAGACGAUGACCUCCUCAUGGUUGGCAAGUCCGAAGUUCCAGUCUCCCCUCUGGAUCAGCCGCCCACGCACCUGCUGCAGUCCAUGAACAACCGCCCUGGCAACCAUUCUCCAUCCUCACCUCACAACAGCACUCAUCACUAUGUCACAGGGAACCAUUCCCCUCCCACGUCGGCCGGCGGCGCCAAGCGCACCGACAGCCCGCCCAAGACGCCGCCGCAGUCGUUCCGCAACGCCGACAGCCUCAGCCUGAACGGCUACCGUCGCUCGCCCGCUCCGGAGCCCAUCAUGGAGGUCGACGAGGUCGACGACGGCAUGCCGCUGAACAGCCGUGCCGCGCGUGCGUCCUGGUCGACCGGCACCCCGGAGACGGGUAACUCUCCGGUAGGGUCGGCGGAGUCUGUUGACAAGGCAGCUGACGUGCUUGUCGAGAAGAACGCCGGGCCCGUUGAGGCGACGGCAAGGAGAGCAGGCGGGAGCAGGAAGAAGGCGGCGGGGAGGAGGUCGUUUUCUGCGUAUGACCCGGAUAGGGUGGUUAAUAUGCAGGCUAGGGCACAGCUUUAUACCUGCAUUUCAUGA